AUGACAAGCGACGAUCAGUUUUUCUUUGACUACCUUGCGUCUAUACCCCAUGACGUAAGGCGCUACUCUCUCCAAGUCGCUGACUCGAUCGACCGACAAGUCGACCAUGCAGCGGUCGCCAUCCGGAAUACUUUGUCUGAACAAUCAUGGAUACCGUAUUCCGUUCGGCCAUCGCUGCGUAAUGCGCCAGUGCGAUCAUCGACUGGUGCUUUGACUGAUCGCGUGCAAGACUGGGUGAACCGAAACCGCGCUUGGACAGCGGCCCUUCUUGCGUUUGUCGGGACUGGGUGUGUCCUGCUUUAUGGAAACAAUAAGCUGAAUGGGAGAAGGCGAAAGGCUCGAAGGGCUGGAAAUGGAGCUCGGAAAGAGAUCGUUGUUAUCGCUGGUUCACCACAUGAACCCAUGACCCGGGCUAUUGCGGGGGACCUUGAACGCCGGGGAUACAUUGUCUAUGUGACAGUCGCAUCUGCGGAAGAAGAACAAGUUGUUCAGUCCGAGAACCGGGCUGAUAUCAAGGCACUCUGGCUGGAUCUCACCACCACAUCCUCGACUCCUUCAGAUCUUCACCCUUCGUUACAUGAGUUACGCACCUUAAUUACCCAGCCGCAGUCUCCUCACCCACGAGUGCCUGCUCAUACUUGCCAACUGAGCGGUCUCAUCAUUUUACCCUCAACCCACUACGCCGCCGGCCCAGUCGCAACCAUCCCAGCAUCAUCAUGGGCUGAUACCGUCAACACUCGUCUCCUCUCACCAAUCCUCACCACGCAAGCAUUCCUCCCACUUCUGACUCUCCGCAGCAACCCCAGCACCAUCGUCUUCGCCUACCCAUCCAUCUCCUCAUCACUAAACGCACCCUUCGCCGGGCCGGAGGUCGCCGCAACUCGCGCCGUCUCAGGAUUCGCAACCUCCCUUAGACAAGAGCUCCGCUUUCUCAAGCGCGACAACGUUGACGUGGUAGAGCUACGCCUGGGUAACAUUGACCUGGGCUCCGCAUACCGUAACCACCAAAGUCAAGUAACUGGUACAGAAGUUUUGGCAUGGAGCGUUCAACAGCGGGCCCUUUACGGACACCAGUACCUUUCCAGCAUUGAACAACGGCCCGUUGCUUCCGCUGGCCCCAAGACAGUGCGGGGUACCUCUGCACGAUCUCUCCACUACGCUGUAAUGGAUGCACUGGAGCCUGCUCCUAGGGGUCUCUUUGGACAAAAGAAGUCUAAAAAACAUGUCAUGUACGCAGGACGGGGUGCUCGAUCCUACAGCUUGAUUGGUGCUUGGUUUCCAAGUGGACUAGUUGGUUUGAUGAUGGGAUACAACCGGGGCCAUGGCAUGGGACAUGAUAGCCCGAGUCCCAGCACUGGUAGCGAAACCAGCUGGGAACGGUUAUGA